GGUGCAAAUUCGCGUCUCGUCUCCAUCGCCCAUUCUGCUAUUUUGUUUCCUUUUUUGCUGCGGACAUUAAAGCUCAUUCUUUGCGGCUAUGUUGAAGAUUCAGAGAAUUGCAGCUCGGCAAAGCCUCCAGACAGUCAGGAUGGCCAGCAGCCUGGCUGACUAUGCCCAGUACAAGACACUGAAUGUCACACAACCCGUGGAGUAUGUGGUUCAUGUAGAGAUGAACCGGCCUGACAAGCUGAAUGCUCUCAACACUGAAAUGUGGAAGGACCUGGGCGUGUGCUUCCAGCAGCUGCACGAGGACGCCGAGUGCCGGUCCGUGGUGCUGAGCGGCGCCGGCCGCCUCUUCAGCUCCGGGAUUGACCUCAGCGACCUGAUGGCCGUUGGCAGCGUGGCUAUGGGCGACGGUGACGUGUCUAGGAAGGCUUUCAAGCUGCACCGCACCAUCAAAAACUACCAGGACUGGUUCACUGAUAUUGAAAAGUGCCGUAAGCCGGUGAUCGCCGCCGUGCACGGCGCGUGCGUGGGCGGCGGCGUCGACAUGGUGACGGCGGCCGACGUCCGCCUCUGCUCCCAGGAUGCGUUCUUCCAGGUCAAGGAGGUGGACAUCGGGCUGGCAGCGGACGUGGGCACGCUGCAGCGGCUGCCGAAGGUGAUUGGCAGCCGGAGUCUGGUGAACGAGCUGUGCCUGACGGCGCGCCGGCUCGGCUCGCAGGAGGCGCUCCAGUGCGGCCUCGUCAGCCGCGUGCUCAGCGACAGACACAGUCUACUGGCGGCGGCGAUCAGCCUGGCAGCCACCAUCGCGCAGAAGUCGCCGGUGGCGGUGCAGUCGACCAAGCAGAACCUGAUCUUCUCGCGCGACCACACGGUGCAGGAGGGCCUCGACCACAUGGUGGCCUGGAACGCGGCCAUGCUGCAGUCGGAGGACAUCAUGAAGGCGGCCACCGCCUCCAUGGACCGCAAGGCUCCCCCGGCCGAUUUCGCUAAGCUGUAGCGAUGCGGCGUUGUCGCAUUGGUGGCGUGGAAUGUUGGCGUAACGGCAUGGCGUACAACUCAAAUCCCCUCACACGUAAUUUUGCUGCGCUUAGCGUAGUUGUUUUCCAUGAGGCCGGCCUGUCCCACGUGGCUCCGUGUGAGAUAGCAGGGUGUGAGUGCGGUCGGCUGAAUGGACGCGACCGUCCCGCUCGGGUCUCUGCUGAGGCGAGAGCCGCCGUCGGUCGCCGGGGGGUGACUGACGCGGCCUCGGCGGCUCGCUCGCUCGCGCAUCCCCGCGCGCCGGUCGU